AUGGAAAAUAGUUCGGAUGAGCAUUCUGGUUCCGAGGAAGAAAUCCCUCAGCGACCAAGAGUGGCUGGCAAGGCAAAAGUGGUCGAGAGAAAAUCAACCAAGCCACCAAGAGCGCCGAAGAAGAAGGCCGAAUCAAAAACUACUGAUGAUGAUAUUCCCUCUACUCACAGUCAGCCGGAAGAUGAGCUAGUCACAGAUUCCAAGACCAUGUUCUCAGAUGGAAAUCCCAAGAAGGGUGGCCGCGGAAGAGAAAGAAAUACAACAGCUGAAAUGUCAGAUCAAGAAACAUACAGGACUCCACCAGAGAGAUGCCUAGGGCAAGAAGAUGAAAAAUUAAGGCCAGCACCACCUCCCAACGCUCAUGCCGAUUCUUUGAAAACCAUAGCUGAUUUUCCCAAAGAAGUUGCAAAGAGGGAAAAGGCAAAGGCUAAGCAUGAGGCUAGACUUGCGAAUAAGAACCAAGUUGAGCAGCAGAAUGUUGAGCUGACUCAACAGGAUGUGAUUGAGAAGAAGGAAAGGGCGUCUGCCCGAAAAGAGAAGAAGAAGAGGAAGUCAGUUUCUCCUCGAGCUUCGAAGAAGAAGUCAGUUGUGAGUAAGUCCAAAAAGUUUGCAUCUGCCUCGUCUGAUGAGGAAUCCUCUGAUGACAAUGAUGGCGAUGAAAUUCCCAUGUACGAUCAAUGA